GAGCAAGACAGUCUGCGAAAAAUGCUGUACCUUGUGGGUCUUGGAUUAGGAGAUGCUAAGGAUAUCACCGUAAAAGGACUUGAAGUCGUCAAAAAGGCAGACUAUGUAUUUCUGGAGGCAUAUACAUCAAUUCUUUGUGUAGGAAAGGACGUAUUGGAAGAAUUUUAUGGAUGUAAAAUCCAGUUAGCUGACAGAGAAACUGUGGAACAAAAUUCAGAUCUCAUUCUGGAGCAUGCCAAGGAGAAAGAUGUUGCUUUCUUGGUGGUUGGAGAUCCCUUUGGGGCUACUACCCACACAGACCUGGUACUGCGAGCCCACCAGAUGAACAUUCGAUAUCAAGUGAUUCAUAAUGCUUCUAUUAUGAAUGCAGUAGGAUGCUGUGGACUUCAGUUAUACAACUUUGGAGAGACAGUAUCCAUUGUACUUUGGACUGACAACUGGAAACCGGACAGUUUUUAUGAUAAGAUUGCAAGCAACAGAAAACAAGGUCUUCAUACGCUUUGUUUGUUAGACAUUAAAGUAAAGGAACAGUCCUUGGAAAAUUUAAUGCGGGGGAGAAAGGUUUAUGAACCUCCACGCUACAUGAGUGUGAAUGAAGCAGUAAGUCAGUUAUUAGAAGUAGUGAGGAACAGAGAUUUGCAAGGAGAACCACCAGCCUACACAGAUGACACUAUUGCUGUGGGCCUGGCACGAAUUGGCUCAGCCAAUCAGCAGAUAGUUUGUGGCAGCAUGAAGGAGCUCUUAUCACACGAUGUUGGGCCACCUUUGCACUCGCUUGUUAUACCUGGACAUUUGCAUUUCAUUGAAAAAGACAUGUUAAGGAUAUUUGCAUUGAAUCCCACUAUACUGGAGGAGAGCUGACAUCCAAAACAAGACUUAGACUAAUACCAAUUGGAACACAGAAGUGUACAGUUAAAAAAGUAG